AUGCAAGCCGCAGGUCAACCCCCAAGAAUUCUCAAUGCCCAACAAAUCGAGAAGAUGAGGACUGUCUGCAGGUUGGGAAGAGAAAUCCUUGACCUCGCCGCCACUUAUGUCCGCCCAGGAGUGACCACAGACGAAAUCGACGAAGUCGUCCACAACGCUUGCAUCGAACGCAAUGCCUAUCCUUCCCCACUCAACUACCGUGGCUUCCCAAAAUCAGUUUGCACCUCCGUGAAUGAGGUAAUUUGCCACGGUAUCCCGGAUAAGCGCCCGUUACGCGAGGGUGAUAUUGUCAACAUCGACGUCUCACUCUAUUUCGACGGGUAUCAUGGCGAUCUAAACGCUACAUACCCUGUUGGAAAGAUUGACGACGAGAGCGCCAAACUCAUUCGCGUGACCAGGGAGUGUCUGGAUGCAGCCAUUGCCUUGGUCAAGCCUGGGGCGCUCUUCAGGGACCUUGGAAAAGCCAUUGAACCAAUAGCCAAGGCCAACGGUUGCUCUGUCGUCCGAACGUUUACAGGCCACGGAAUCAACGAGCUCUUCCAUACCGCUCCCAAUAUUCCUCAUUAUGCCAAGAACAAGGCAGUGGGAACUAUGAAGCCUGGGAUGACCUUCUCCAUCGAGCCGAUGAUUAAUCUCGGCAACAACUGGGCUGACGUUCAUUGGCCUGACAACUGGACUGCGACAACCGUAGACGGCAAGCGAAGCGCCCAAUUUGAGGAGACGGUUUUGGUUACCGAAACUGGUGUUGAAGUUCUCACUGCCGCCAAAUCUGCGUGAUUGUAUAUCUAAUGCAAGGCCACACCCAUUGGAUAGAUGAGAACUCCGACCACAAUGGAGACCACACGGUCUUAUUUAUUACAUAUGUUUGGUCUGUAUGCUAGACGUCACAAACGAAUGUAUCUUAUGCAGUGUCCACACUACAGUCCACAGGUAAUGCAUUACCAGUCCUACUAGUCCUCCGAAUGGGUAGGUUAAAAUGAAAACUACAUACACACAACAAAUGCAAUAUGUACUCCUAGUAUAGAAGAACGAAUCUAGAGUAAGAAACAAGAUGGAAAGCGUCUAGGUAGAUUUUGAGCGGGUCAUCUCCUUGUUGAGGUCUUUGGUCACCUCCGGGAAGGGCUCCUCGCCCGGAAUUUGAGCGAGGCGCUCGACAGGGACAUCGUUGGAUAAGCUCGGCCUCCGUGUUCGGUGACUAGCGGCCUUGGGCUGAGGGACGGCGGUGCUGGUGGCUUCUGCGGAUUUGGCGGAGAUCAUGCCAGACAUUCGGAGUCUCUGAAGGUCGGCAUAAGAACUAUUCCUGCUCCGAGUUCGCGCAAGGCCGUCAUCAUGG